AUGUUCGCAAGGGCAAUGGCACUCGGAGCGAGGGCCUGGAAAUCAUCAUUUGAGAUACAGCCCUAUGGUAUCAGCGUAGCGGCCACCGCCGAAGAUUAUGUCGUUGGGGUGACUUUUGCGAAGUCCUCGAAGGCCAUAAUCCUUCCAUAG